AUGCUGGUCACACUUAGUCCUGUUACCGGGUGUCUCGGACGCCAUCCUGUCUGGUGCCAUAACAAUUUACGGACGCCCAGUCUCAGAAGACUGCGCCUUACAUUAAAAAUCGAAGCUACGUUUUCGUUUUAUGGCAAGCGUAAAUGCCCUGAGAAUAGUGAAAGUUCGCACGUAUCUAUAAAAUAA